CUGCUUCCGGAAGGAAAGGGAGAUUUGGAUGCAUGACAUCCCUGGGGAGCUCUCUGCAGCUGGCCUGUCUGUGGUGGUGAAGGGCCGUGGGCCUGGUCCCUGCCUGUGGGAUACCCGAGUUCCCCUCCUAUGCACUCCAGCACCCCCAUCAGCUCCCUCUUCUCCUUUACCAGCCCUGCAGUGAAGAGACUGCUGGGCUGGAAGCAGGGAGAUGAAGAGGAGAAGUGGGCAGAGAAGGCCGUUGACUCUUUAGUGAAGAAACUGAAGAAGAAGAAAGGAGCCAUGGAUGAGUUAGAGAGGGCUCUCAGUUGUCCAGGACAGCCCAGCAAAUGCGUCACGAUCCCCAGGUCUCUGGAUGGGCGUCUGCAGGUGUCCCACCGCAAAGGUUUGCCUCACGUUAUUUACUGCCGAGUGUGGCGAUGGCCCGAUCUCCAGUCCCACCACGAACUGAAGCCCCUGGAGUGCUGCGAGUUCCCUUUUGGCUCCAAGCAGAAAGAAGUGUGCAUCAACCCUUACCACUACCGCCGGGUGGAAACACCAGUGUUGCCCCCCGUGCUGGUGCCAAGACACAGCGAAUAUAACCCCCAGCUCAGCCUCCUGGCCAAGUUCCGCAGCGCCUCCCUGCACAGCGAGCCUCUCAUGCCACACAAUGCAACGUACCCUGAGUCCUUCCAGCAGCCUCCAUGUCCUGCGCUGCCUCCCUCACCCAGCCAUGUGUUUUCACAAUCCCCGUGCUCUGCCGGCUACCCUCACUCCCCAGAAAGUCCUUCUGAGCCAGACAGUCCGUAUCAACACUCAGACUUCCGGCCUGUUUGUUAUGAGGAGCCCCAGCACUGGUGCUCAGUCGCCUACUAUGAACUGAACAACCGCGUUGGGGAGACAUUUCAGGCUUCCUCCCGAAGUGUGCUCAUAGAUGGAUUCACUGACCCUUCAAAUAACAGGAGCAGAUUCUGUCUUGGGCUUCUUUCGAAUGUGAAUAGAAACUCAACCAUAGAAAAUACCAGGCGACACAUAGGAAAGGGUGUGCACUUGUACUACGUUGGGGGAGAGGUGUAUGCCGAGUGCGUGAGUGACAGCAGCAUCUUCGUGCAGAGCCGGAAUUGCAACUAUCAGCAUGGCUUCCACCCGGCCACGGUGUGCAAGAUCCCCAGUGGGUGCAGCCUCAAGGUCUUCAACAACCAACUCUUUGCACAAUUGCUCGCCCAGUCCGUUCAUCAUGGCUUUGAAGUCGUUUAUGAGUUAACUAAGAUGUGCACCAUCCGGAUGAGUUUUGUUAAGGGUUGGGGAGCAGAAUAUCAUCGUCAGGAUGUCACGAGCACCCCCUGCUGGAUUGAGAUUCAUCUUCAUGGACCACUGCAGUGGCUGGACAAGGUUCUGACUCAGAUGGGCUCUCCACAUAAUCCCAUUUCUUCCGUGUCUUAACAGUCUUGCCAUAAGCUACAUUUCUAU